UCUACUCACACCACUCCAUUGCCAUUGCUCUGUACUUUUUGAUCUCCUUCCGUUGAGUGAAAGGGGAAAAAAAAAACCAGCGCAGGCAAAUCUUAUGGCCGAAGGAAGUAAUAGUUCGUCGGAUUCCACCGUCUCUUGCGGCGGCGGCGGUAUAAGAAGAGAGAUUAUGCUGUUCGGUGUCAGGGUUGUGCUUGAUCCGAUGAGAAAGAGCGUGAGCUUGAACAAUUUGUCCGAGUAUGAGCAGACGGAGGAGAUUCCUAAGAUCUGCGGCGAGGAUGGAGAUGUACAAGAUAAGAACAAAACCUCCUCCGGUUACGCCUCGGCGGAUGACGCUGUUCCGAUUUCUUCUUCCGGCGGAAAUCGCGAGAGGAAACGAGGAGUUCCAUGGACUGAAGAUGAGCACAAGCUAUUCUUGUUUGGGCUGCAGAAAGUAGGAAAAGGAGAUUGGAAAGGAAUAUCCAAAAACUUUGUGAAAAGCAGAACGUCCACGCAAGUAGCUAGCCACGCUCAGAAAUACUUCAUCCGGCGAAGCAAUCUCAACCGUCGCCGACGAAGAUCUAGCCUUUUUGACAUCACCACUGAUACGGUCAUGUCCACGGAAGAAGAUCAGGUGCUUAUGCAGGAGAACACAUCACCACAAUCACCUUCUCUUGUACCGGAAAUCAACAACUUCUCUAUGUAUCCGGUUAUGCAAGUCUUUCCUGAGUUCUCUGUACCAACAUCUGGUGGUGAUUCAUCAGGGAAUCAAUCACAUGGACUGAUUCCUUCCUCUAAUUUCAUCAACUUGGUUCCAUUAACAUUUCAAGCAAGUCCUGCACCGCUCUCUCUUAGCCUCUCGCUAGCCUCGUCUAAUCUUUACGAGCCUUCUUCUUCAAGACAGUCAGCGUUCAACACGAUUGGAGUCGCUUAGAACAAAAUCUCAAAGGUGCAUCUGCAACACAAACACACCCUGUUUGUUUCUUUGUUGUACAGAUAGGUCUUGACUUUUUUUUACAUUUAUCGAAAAAAUCUGUGGUAAAGAAGAAGAAUAAACAGAGGAGUUUGUAGAAUAGGACUACGUGGUUUUUUUUUUUAUGGUUCAUGAUCAUCUUCUUCUCUUUUUUUUCCUUCCAUGUUUGGAAGUUGUUGUAAUACUAUCUGGUCAUUCGCGUGGAUUUAUUAAAGCUUAUAAAUUAUAUCAAGUAUUAACGUUAUGUUUCA